CAAUCUACCACCAUCCUUACCGCCGAACAAAGCCAAAUCUCAAGUACUACGGAAGUGUUAUGGUCGCCUCGAAAACCAAAAAGACGUCCAAGUAUACGUACGCGGAACGGGUUCUCAGUGCAUUUUCGCAGGCACAGAAAGAGCACAGGAGGCACAGUGUACAUCUCGCUACCCUUCGUGCGCAUGUAAGAAAGAUCGCGAAAGAUAGGAAAGAUAAACUGGGACCUCAGUGGGCAUCAUGGGUAGGAAAGGCUGUGAAGAAGCUUGAAGAGCAGGGAGUUUUGCAACCUAUAGACUCUAGUGGGUAUGUGGGCAUGACUCCAGAGGGCAAAAAAGUCCUCUCAUAUGCUCGUCGCAAGUUCCUUCCGACCGCCGUUGGGGACGCAUCACCCGCGCAAGAGGAUGCUGUCUGGAAAAACGUCGCCGAACAUUUUUCCCCUUCAGUGUAUAAACGGCAGCGCGCGAUAUCUGCAUCUCGUUUUAGGUCAGUUUUCGGCGAGGAAGAAGCUGAGGAAGAUAGCGCUUCCGCUCGCGGAAGUCCUAGGGCAAAGAGACAGCGACGGGCACCGUCCCCCGUCAAGCCCCCCGAUCGGUCCUUGACAAAGAUGACCAAGGCAGAGCUCCAAGCUAAGGUCCGAGAGCUCCAACAGGCGAAGCUUACAGAUCAAAAGCUGAAGGGGCAACUUGCGGACCGCGAUGAACAGCUACGCGAGGUUCAAGCUGAACUCAGGAUGUUAAAACUCUCCGCUGAAAGGGCGUGCGCGGCCUUGCGCGAAGAAGAAUUGACAGAACUGGAUGAACAGGAAUUUCAGCACAACAUGGACGAAGAAUUUCCAGUGCCAGAUUUUGCAACAUUUGAUGUCCAGACCCCACGCGCUGGAACGCCUCAAGAUGCAGUUGUGAGACGGACCCAAUCGGGCUCUAUCAUUCACGACAUCUCUAUGCGGCCCACUCCUGCACCAAGCUCUCCUGGUGCCGAACGCGACCGGAGAUACCGAGACGAUGAAGACGUGUUUGCGGACCAGCAGCGCGACCAUCUUCGUACCCCCGAAUCUCUGCCAGACCGCAGGACCUCACAGACCGAUGAACAACAACAGCGUGCUCUGGCGAACACGAUUGAUGCCAUAGAGAAGGAGAUGACGAAGCACGUGACAGAGAUCCAGACUCUCAAAGACACAGUUACCAGCCUUCAGAGCGAGCUUGACAACCUAACAGGCGCAGCUGAUGACCACAAGUCACGCAUAGCCGACCUUGAGAGCGAAACCAAUGAACUUGAAUCUGGGAAGCGCGACCUGCAACAGUGCCUCGCUGAUCGCGAUCACAAUAUCACUCAACUCCAAAAUACAAUUCUUGAGCACGAGCAAGCUGCCGUCCAGCUCAAUGUAACGCUCGCUCACAAGGACGCCUCACUAAAUGCAAUUUCCAUAGAGGCUGAGACGCUUUUGCGCACCAAGAAUGAGAUUCUUGCUAGGGUUCAAGGAAUGGAGGACGAAAUGACUGCUGUGCGGAGCGAGAAUAGGCGCUUGACAGACGGGCUCGCUAGUUCUCACAGAGAAGAAGAAACCCUUCGGGAGCGGAUGGUGGAACUCGCCCGAACCACAGAGGAAAGACAAGGGGAGCUCGCCCAAGCCUUGAGUGUUGCGCAGAACGAAGCCAGACACGGGGCUGUACUCGCCCAGGAGCUUCUCGUCAUGACCAAGACUACCAAGGAGCUCGAAAAACAGCUCUCUGAGGCCAACAGCACCGCCACGACCCUCGAUGCUGAACUUGCGGAAGUCCUUGGAUGCAAUGGUCAACUUCAGCUGGUUCUGGAAGGGUCCAGGAAGGAGAUUGAAGAGUUGAAUAGCAGGAUCACGUUUUCCGAGAUGAGGGAGGCAGGAUUGUCGUCAAAGUUGCUCACCGCUGAUGCGACGAAGCAGUUCUUGGAGGAUGCCGCUGCAGUCGUAAAAAACACUUCACGAGUUGAACGAGUGAAGGCGCAGUCUACCAUUCUUGGGCUCCUCGAGAAGAUUGAUGGACUGCAAAUUCUGCGCGACGACGAAGUGCGGAGUUUUGCCGACCGGAUUGCAGCUCUAGAAGGUGAAAUCGAGGAUCUUAGAUCGAACCUUCACAGCCUGAGCGAGGCUCGGCGGAGCGCCCUUUCUGCUUUGAAGAAGUCCAAAGACGACUUCACGCAUUUGGAGAAUUUACUCGCCGCAGAACAGACCACUGGUAAUGGCCUUCGGGAUAGUCUGACUCAAGCGCAAGAGCAAACCUCUAGGUUGAAGGCAGAAAAGACAGCCUGCGAGUCGACAAUUGUCAAUCUCAAGGCCAUUUAUGAUCAGGGGAAGAAGAUGCAGACAGACUGGAUGUCUGGGAUAGAGAGCACAUUUGCUUCUGCCCAGUUGGGUUCAUUGGCACACGCGUAACGAUGCAUUUGCCUGAACUACUGCCAAUGCUGAUGCAGAGUCGGCAAAACGGUCCUCGAUGUUAUGGGCAAUGUAGGUUUCAUGUGAGACUGGACUUGAACAUUUAUUGCGGAUAUACUUAACAAUAUUUGUCUUCAUUUUGAGAAAAAUUUAGUUUAUGUUAAGUAGUCGCAAUCAAGCGUUAGCAUUUAAAUCUGUCUGCUUUGAUGAAUCAAAGUUGAAUUA